CGGCUGGUCAGGGACUCCGGGAGCGCGCGGUGCCCGCGCCGCCGGCGACCCGCUGCCUCGCUUGCGGCACUUGGGAGGCUCUGCCGCCCCGCCGGCCCACCCGGGUCCCAGCCCCCGAGCGGAGGCGCGCCGGCCCCUGUCCUGCCCUCACGUGCCGAGGCCGCUGCAGUGACCCCGCCCCCGGGCGGCGAUGUGACCGGCCGGGCGUCCCCGCAGCGGGCCGGGCGCCGGGAGUGGGCGGCUCGGCGGCGCCGGGCGAUGGCCCUGCGGCCGGCGCUCCUCGCCUCCGGGGGCCUGGAGCAGUGAGCGCUGCGAGCGAGGGACCGCGGCCCGCGCCAUGGAGGGGGUGCUGUACAAGUGGACCAACUAUCUGAGCGGUUGGCAGCCUCGGUGGUUCCUUCUCUGUGGGGGGAUAUUAUCCUAUUACGAUUCUCCUGAAGAUGCCUGGAAGGGCUGCAAAGGGAGCAUCCAGAUGGCGGUCUGUGAGAUUCAAGUUCAUUCCGUAGAUAACACACGCAUGGACCUGAUCAUCCCUGGGGAACAGUAUUUCUACCUGAAAGCCAGAAGUGUGGCGGAGAGACAGCGGUGGCUGGUGGCCCUGGGCUCAGCCAAGGCUUGCCUGACCGACAGUAGGACCCAGAAGGAGAAAGAGUUUGCUGAAAACACUGAAAACUUGAAAACCAAAAUGUCAGAACUAAGACUCUACUGUGACCUCCUUGUUCAGCAAGUGGGAAAAACGAAAGAAGCGACCACAGCGGGUGCCUCCAGUUCUGAGGAGGGAGUCGAUGUGGGCACUCUGCUGAAAUCAACGUGCAAUACUUUCCUGAAGACUUUGGAAGAAUGCAUGCAGAUUGCAAACGCAGCCUUCACCUCGGAGCUGCUCUGCCACACUCCCCCAGGGUCGCCGCAGCUGGCCACGCUCAAGUCCAGCAAGAUGAAACAUCCUAUUGUACCGAUUCAUAAUUCCUUGGAAAGGCAAAUGGAGUUAAACAAUUGUGAAAAUGGAUCUUUAAGUAAGGAAAUCAAUGACGAUGAAGAAAUCCCAAUGAAAAACAAGAGUUCCUUGUAUCUGAAAUCUGCAGAGAUCAAUUGCAGCAUGUCAAGGGAAGAAAAUAUAGGUGAUAAUAUAACAGUCCAAGGUGAAAUAAUGAAGGAAGAUGGAGAGGAAAACUUGGAAAAUCAUGACAACUUGGCCCAGCCCGUAUCCAACUCCUCAAGUAGCUCUCCGGAAUCCCCCUGGGAAGAAGGCCAAGAAGUUAUCCCGACUUUCUUCAGUACCAUGAACACCAGCUUUAGUGACAUUGAACUUCUGGAAGACAGUGGCAUUCCCACAGAAGCGUUCCUGGAGUCAUGUUAUGCUGUGGUUCCAGUGUUGGACAAACUUGGCCCUACAGUGUUUGCUCCUGUUAAAAUGGAUCUUGUUGGAAAUAUUAAGAAAGUGAAUCAGAAGUAUAUAACCAACAAGGAAGAGUUUACCACCCUCCAGAAGAUAGUGCUGCACGAAGUGGAGGCUGAUGUGGCCCGGGUUAGGAACUCGGCUACAGAAGCCCUCUUGUGGCUGAAGAGAGGUCUCAAAUUCUUGAAAGGAUUUUUAACAGAAGUGAAAAAUGGAGAAAAGGAUAUCCAGACAGCCCUGAACAACGCGUACGGUAAGACGUUACGGCAGCACCACGGCUGGGUUGUUCGCGGGGUUUUCGCGCUGGCUUUGCGGGCAGCUCCGUCCUAUGAAGAUUUUGUGGCCGCGUUAACCAUAAAGGAGGGCGACCACCAGAAAGCCGCUUUCAGUGCUGGGAUGCAGAGGGACCUGAGCCUCUACCUCCCCGCCAUGGAGAGGCAGCUGGCCAUCCUGGACGCGCUGUACGACGCCCACGGGCUGGAGAGCGACGAGGUGGUGUGACGCCUGCAGGGAAGAGCUUGCCGCCGCCUCUGGCCAUCCCACUUAAUUUCCAGUCGCAGCUUCACCCUCUCCACCCUACGCCAGGCCAUAGGGAGAUGGAGGCAAAGCCUAGUGCUUUUAUAUAUCAUUUUUAAUGCGUAUAUGUUCUGUGUGUUUAAAAAUCAAGGUGCUAUAUAUUUCAGUUCAAAGGGCCUCCUGGAGACUUGAACAGCAAGUUAUAAGAGCAGAUUUGACAAGUACAUUUGUUGGGUUUUGUUUUGUUUUGUUUUUAGCUUUAAGUUUUAGUGGGCCACCCAACCCAAACUGAAAGUGAGCAAAUUCUGCAUCAAGGACUGUAACUCACGGGUAGUGUUUCAGCCAAUUUAGGAUUAGACUGAAGCUUUGGGGGGAGCUGGGCCCCCGGUGGAAGCUGUGAGGUGUAGGUGGGCUGUCCUAGACGUUCUUCAGAGCAUCUUCUCUCCGGGGCUCUGGGCGCGAGGGGCCUCUGUAGGCAAAGGGACAGAGCGUGGGUGCGACAUGUCAGCAGGAGGUGGGCGGCAUCCGGAGGGGUGCCAUCCCGUGAGGGUGGGGAGCCGAUGGCUCUGCAGAGCUGAGUGUGCCCCACCCUGCCUGGUGCCCACCCUCAUUGCCGUGCUUCCCCAGACAUUGUCUCCAUUGGACACCACAGCGACACGGUGACAUUCAGGGGUUGUUACCCAGUUUCAGAAGUAGGGUUCAGAGGUGGAGGGAUUUUUCUGCUCACCAUGCGCAGCCUCUAAAAGAGGAGCCAGGUGAUGCCAGGCGUGACCGGGACCCCUCUGCGUCAGUCACCUGGAGGCGGGUCAGAAAGCACAGCCCCAGGCUGACCGGCCCGGAGAGCCGCGUCCUGCGGGCGGGUCAGGAACCGGCAUCUGAGUGCUCUCCUGGUGGUUCUGUGCGCACAGCGCUGAGGA